AACAGUAAUUUACUAAAAAUGAAAACUAGAGAAAUUUCCAAAAAUGUUUUUUUGGGCGAAAAGACCAAACUGUUUGUCGCCCUUGACAAAUUCGAAGUUAGAACAACGUUAAAUAUCUGAAAAACAACCCUUAGAAAUUAUAAUCAAUGGAAGGUGCUGACACAAUUGAUGAAGAAGUUGAGCUUUGUAAUCAACCUGAACAUUCACACAAUCAAGAAGAUUCUUUUGUUUGGGACGACAAUUCACAGCUUUAUUUUCAUGCCAGAAGUGGGUUUUACCAUAACCCAAAUGAAGGAUGGUAUUACAGUACUAGUGAUGGAUUUUACUACAAAUUUGAGGAUGGAAACUACAAACUCUAUGAUUCCUAUAAUAAGGAUUAUCAAUCAGUAACUGAAGGCGGAGGUGAAUGUGAUAUCGAUGAAUCUCUUCUGCAAGCCGUAUCUAAGGAAGAAUAUGAUCAAAAUAAUCAAGAAAUUGAUGGUGUAGCUCACCAAAUAGGAGAGUGCACUAGCAAUGCGUUGUCUGAAAAUCCUCCACCAUCAGAAUGGUUAGAAGAUACAUUAAUAGAACUUUAUCUGUCGGGCUAUCCAAAUACCACAUCUGAAGCUGCUGAAAACCAGCAGCUUCCUAAGGAAACAGAUGAUGAAGAUGGUUUUAUGUUGACAGCUGAUGGAAACAGCAAACUCUAUGAGCAGGGAGAUGCCGAGUUAAGUUUGGACCAGCACACUGCAACUGAUUCAAGUGCCAGUGUCUUCCAUGAAGAUGCUUCAUGGGAAGAAGAAAAUUGGCGAGCUCAAUAUGGUCAAGUUGUCCAACAGGAGAAUGAGUUGGGGACAGGAAUCCACAUUACAGAUAUGUGGGACUGGUCAAUGGUAAGAGAGAUCCAUAAAGAAAGAAGCUCUCCAGUGGCCAGGAUAGUUGGCAGGUUAGUGCAACCUUCCUCCAAGCUUCAUCCUUCUGUGCCUUCUCAUGGUCGCCGUUUGAGAACAGCUCCAAUAUGCAAGGUCCAUCUUGAUUUGGUGCAGGUUAGAUCAGGGCAAGUGUACAAGCUGCGGACCCCUAGUGCAAAAUAUAUAGCCACCUUGUCUGAUUUUGAUGCUUCAAAUCCAACCAGGGAUUGGGGUUUUCCUGAGUUAUCAACUGAUGCGAUUAAUGAAAAAUGUGAAUCCAAAACUACGCUUCAAGUUUUCUCCCAGCAAUGUACAAAUUUAGGCCAUGAUAACCCCUCUGAUUAUGAGAAGCAUAAAACCAAUGUAUAUAGAGAUAGAGCUGCUGAAAGAAGAGAGCUGCACGGCAGUUUUGGUGAAGCCCCUGGACAAAAAAGGUCAGCUGAUGAUGCCAGUCCACCUUCAACUGAAGAAGCUGCUGCUGAAGCCUUGGAAAUGUCCCUUGGAGCUGGUAGUUAUGCCCAGAAAAUUCUCAAGAACAUGGGCUGGAAACAGGGCGAAGGACUUGGCAAAACUCAACACGGGCUGAAAGAACCUUUGCAAGGCAUUGGAAAUAAAGGUACUGCUGGAUUGGGAUGGAAUUCCAGACGAAGGAAUUAAAUUACUUACAUUAACACUCGGGCUCCGUUCGGUAUAGUGUAAAACAUUUUCAUGGAAAAUUAAUUUUCCCAUUUUCAAUCAUUUUACGUUGUUUGGUUUGUAAAGGGAAAUGGAAAAUUAUUUUGCACUGAAAACGUUUUACACCAAACCAAACCAAACAGGAGCCUAGAUGACAAAAAAUGGACCAUGUAUUUUGUAUACCUAGGAAAUGUGCGGAAUCAGUUUAUCUAGAAAAGAGGUUGCAGUUUUAUUUA